AUGACUGAGGCUUCUGAUAAAGAAACAAAAAUCAGCAUUGAAAGUCGCCUAGAAAGCUUAGAGUGCACAGUAAAGUCUCUGACCAGAUCUAUUGACGGAGCCUUGCAUGUCUUGUCCGCAGCGUCCUCACGAAAAGACAUAAAUAAAAUAUCGGUUGCACCAAACCAGGCCACUUCGAAUGAAGCAGAUAGAUCCGACUCGGAGCUAUACAUCGGUCCAUCGCAUUCUUUCUCUUUUCUUCAAGAGGCGCCUGCUGGGAUCAAGCGUCUACCUCCACAAGGUGUUGAAGAUUCUCGACAGGAUGUUAUUUCAGAGAUUCACAAUAUGUCAUCGAGUCUGACAUCAGCAAGAAUGGCAAAUCCGAUAAUUGAGCCAAAAAGCUUUCAUAUUCCAUCGAGAUCUGUGGGAUAUGCCCUCCUUAGCAUCCGCUUCCUUCAUCCUCCUUUGUUGUUGGAUCCUUCCACUAACUUCAAACUCGCUUCACUAGAGUUUUUGGAAUAUUCCCGGCUUGGUGAGCCGUUUUUUUGUUUCCCGUUGGACGAAAUACUCAGGCAAAUCGUUUUCGAACCUGAAAAGGUUCGAGAGAAAGCAUGGAUUGUUUCCUUCAACUAUAUUUUACUUGCUGCCAUAUCUACGCAGCUUGAUGAGCAUGAAGGAAACCUCCGAAAGAACUUCCAACUUGCAUUAAAUGAUAGUCGAAUAUUCCUUGAGCCAUCCUUGGCUAACGUGCAGACUUUGGUCUUGCUCGCUGUCCAUGGCGAAGACUUUGCUGCGCCCAACAUAUCAUGGAUGCUAUUAAGUCACGCAUGUCGGCAGGCCGAAGCUCUAGGCUUGCAAGUCAGGAAAAGCAGAGACCAUUUCGAUGAAUGGCAGCACAAGCUCUGUUUAUUUUGGAUGCUCUUCACGCUGGACAAAUCUUGUGCGCUGGCAUUUGGUCGGCCUGCCUUCUUGCCAUUUUCCCUGUACCGUCAUCUUCCGCUGCCAGAUGAAAUAUUUAUGCGCAAAUUCAGUCCCCAUGACACGGAGGGCCUCGGUGAUCAGCGGCCGAAAUCUCAUAAUUCCGAUUUUGGCGCCUUGAUGUUCAAAAACACCAUUGAGCUGGCUAAGUUGACGAGCGAAGUUUUAGAUGUUCUGGGGGUGGCAAACUCAGAUAAAUCCAAGGAUAAGACAAGGUCAAAGUUAGAAGAUUGGUUCUCAAAAACGAAUAUGACCUUGACACACGCCUUAGAGAAUGCGCGAGGAUCAACAGAGACAAAUCAAUUUCAUGAAAUGGAGUUGGGAAUCAAUAGUGCUAAAUUUCAAUACUUGCAUUUACUAACACUAUUACUGAAGGGGGAUGUGUCCUCAAAUGUGCGGCUAUCAUGUGCUCGCGAAGCAAUUGCCUUGCUCCCAUCAUUGGUAUCGAACUGGGGCUCAGUAUAUAACGGAGUUGUUUGGCAACUUCUCUAUUAUCCCUUCGCCCCUUUUCUCGUUGUUUUCGAGAACAUAGUACACCGGCCUAGCCACUCCCAGAAACAUGAAAAUGAUUUGCGUUUAUUGGCUAUUACAGUAAACUACUUUGCCGAUAUGAGGCCCCAGAUGCGGCUUCUUGCCGACUUAUGCUCCAAACUCCAACAUACUGCGGCUGUUUUCCUCCAGUUGGCUCAAUCCCAUGUCCGCCAUUGUUACUCUACAAAGCCAACACAGAAUGCAGUCCUUUUAUCCCAGCAACCGAAAAGUUCAAGGGCUGAUGAGCAGGCCACACAGACAUGGAAUGAUCUAAUUGAUAUUGCCUUGGAUGAUCAAGAACUCAUUAACUAUUUGAGUUGCCUACCGGUCGACAUGAAUUCUACGUCUCGAAUACUUGAAACUGAGCUUCACGUUCCCCAAUCCCAUCGUCCAAACCGCGCGGAGAACAUGAGUCCAACAUACUCUCAACAGCCGAUAUCGGACUGUACUUUUGGUUGGUUCUUAUGGGAUGACUAUUACGGCAGUUCCAAUUUA